CGGACAGAGCAGCCGGGAGAUCAGAGGAGAAGGGUGUGAUGGAGUCAUGGCCCUUUGGUUGCGGAACUCACACCCAGAGCGUGGACAGCACCAACUACCUCGACGUUUUAGAAGAAAAAGAGAACUCAGGGCUCAACUGGGAGGUGAAGGCCAACAACCGCUACUUCCACUGGCAGUUUAAGGAGACAGGCUUCCCGUGCUGCAAAAGAAACAAGUAUAAGACCAACAUCAUCCGCACGGCCAAGUACAACAUCUUCACCUUCUUGCCGCUGAACCUGUACGAGCAAUUCCACCGGCUCUCCAACCUCUACUUCCUCUUCAUCAUCAUCCUGCAGGGCAUCCCCGAGAUCUCCACGCUGCCCUGGUUCACCCUGUUCGCCCCGCUGCUCUGCCUGCUGUUCAUCCGCGCCUCCCGAGACCUGGUGGAUGACAUCGGACGACACAGGAGUGACACUGCCAUCAACAACAGACCCUGCCAGAUCCUGAUCGGGAAAAGCUUCAUCUGGAGGAGGUGGGAGGACCUGUGUGUGGGAGACGUGGUGUGCUUGCGCAAGGACAGCAUUGUCCCGGCCGACAUGCUCCUGCUGUCCAGCACUGAGCCCAGUAGCUUGUGCUACGUGGAGACAGCGGACAUUGACGGGGAGACCAACCUGAAGUUCAGACAGGCGGUGGCAGCCACCCACCACGAGCUGAGGAGCAUACGAAGGAUGUCGAACUUCCAAGGGAAGGUGGUGUGUGAGAAACCCAACGGCCGCAUGCACCACUUCGUGGGCAGCCUGGACUGGAGAGGCAAGAAGUACCCGCUGGACAGCGGCAACAUCCUCCUGCGUGGCUGCAAGAUCCGCAACACGGAUACCUGCUACGGACUCGUCAUCUACGCGGAUGGGUGUAUGGAUAGAUGGGUGGGUUUCGACACAAAGAUCAUGAGGAACUGUGGCAAGAUCCACCCGAAGAGAACGAAGCUGGACCGCCUGAUGAACAGGCUGGUGGUCCUGGAGAACCCCUACCUGUGGAACGAGUUUGCGGAUGCGAAGCUGCUUUUCUACAACAAGGAGCUGCUGGACACCGUGCGGGCCGACCAGGACGCAGUGGUGCGGGAGUUCUGGCGCGUACUGGCCCUGUGCCACACCGUCAUGGUUCGGGAGCACAACAGUGAGAAGCCUGAGCAGCUCCAGUACCAGGCCGCAUCCCCUGAUGAGGAGGCCCUGGUCACUGCUGCCCGCAACUUCGGCUACGUGUUCCUGGGGCGGACGCAGGACACCAUCACGGUGAUGGAGCUGGGGCAGGAGCGGGUCUACGAGGUGCUGGCCAUGAUGGACUUCAACAGCGUCCGCAAGCGCAUGUCUGUGCUGGUCCGCAACCCAGAGGGGUCCAUCUGCCUGUACACCAAGGGCGCGGACAUGGUCAUCUUCGAGCGCCUGUGCAAGAAGGACAUGACAGAGGUGGCCACGGAGGAGGCCCUGUUCACCUUCGCAGAGCAAACCCUGCGGACACUGUGCUUGGCCUACAAGGAGGUGGACCCGGAUGUGUACGCUGCGUGGCAGCAGCGACACCAGGAGGCCAGCCUGCUGCUGAAGAGCCGGGCGCAGGCCCUGCACCUCUUGUACGAUGAGAUGGAGCAAAACCUUCAGCUGCUGGGAGCCACAGCCAUUGAGGACAGACUGCAGGAUGGCGUCCCUGAGACCAUCAAGUGUCUCAAGGAUGGCAACAUCAAAGUGUGGGUGCUGACGGGGGACAAGCAAGAGACAGCGGUGAAUAUCGGCUUUGCCUGCCAGCUGCUCACCGAGGACAUGGUCAUCCUAGAGGAGAAUGAGAUCACCCGCAGGAUGGAUGCCAGCUGCGACAGCGACAGCAACCUGCAGGCCUCCAAGAUCCGCCUCCCACUGCAGCUCAAGACGGCCAUGGUCAUCACGGGGGACUUCCUGGACCAGCUGAUGACCCCCGACCUGUACCAAAAGCCCCAGGCCAGCCUGCCCCCCACAGGGCAGGUGGAGGAGUCCUGGCAGGAGCCCGGCCAGCCGCAGGACACGUGGUGGACCGGGCGGCUGCCCAGGCUGUGGCGCUCCGUGGUGAGCCAGCUGAGGGCCUGCCGGAUGGGGGUCUACGCAGAUUCGGAGAGCGCUAAGCCCCUCGAGAGCCUCCAGGUGCAGCGCGAGCGGGCCUUCGUGGACCUGGCCUUGCGCUGCCAGGCGGUCAUCUGCUGCCGGGUGACGCCCAAGCAGAAGGCCCUGAUCGUGAAGCUCAUCAAGAGGCACAAGGGCGGCGUCACCUUGGCCAUUGGGGACGGGGCCAACGAUGUGAACAUGAUCAAAACGGCAGACAUCGGUGUGGGACUGGCGGGCCAGGAGGGCAUGCAGGCUGUGCAGAACAGCGACUACGUCCUGGCCCAGUUCGCCUACCUACAGCGCCUGCUGCUGGUUCACGGGCGCUGGUCCUACCUGCGCGUCUGCAAGUUCCUGCGCUACUUCAUCUACAAGACGCUGGCCAGCAUGAUGUCCCAGAUCUGGUUCGCCUUCUACAAUGGCAUCACAGCCCAGCUCCUGUACUCCACCCUCCCCGUGCUCUACAUCGGGCUCUUUGAGCAGGACGUGAGUGCCCAGAAGAGCCUGCAGAUGCCGGAGCUGUACGUGGCGGGGCAGAAGGAACAGCUCUUCAACUACUGGGUCUUCUUCCAAGCCGUGGUCCACGGCAUGCUUACCUCGCUGAUCAACUUCUUCAUGACGCUGCUGGCCUGUUGGGACCGAGGGGAGCCGAGCCUCUGCGACUACCAGUCCUUUGGGGUCAUCGUGGCCCUCUCGAGCCUGCUGUCCGUCACCGUGGAGGUGAUCCUGAACAUCAAGUACUGGACCGUCCUGUCUGUGCUGGCCAUCGCCCUGAGCGGCGGCUGCUACGCCUUCAUGACCUACGUCUCGCAGAACGAGUGGUUCUUCAGGCUCUCCCCCCACACCUUCCCGUUUCUGUAUGCCGACCGUAAUGUCAUCUUAAAGCCCUUUGCCCUGCUGGUCAUCCUGCUGAACGUGGUCUUCAACACCCUGUGUGUCCUGGCCUUCCGCACCAUCUACCAGGUGGUCAAGAAGUUGCUGGUCAAGGUGGAGGAGGCCCCCCCGAGCGAGGAGGUCAUGGGGGAACCUAUUUCCUACCUGUACCGGGAGGCGCGCGUCCGGCGAUCCAGCUACGCUUUCUCCCACCGGGAGGGCUAUGCGGACCUCAUCACGCAGGGCACCAUCCUCCGGAGGGCCCGAGACGCCAACGAUGAGCUGGCGGGUGACGAGGACCAGCCCCCGCUGGAAUGCGAGGUGCCCCCGCUGCUCGGGGACAGCACGUGGCGCCCGAGGAGGACGUCCCUCCUGGGGAAGAGGAAGUCGUUGCACGUGGAGCCCAUCACCUCCGAGAUGCUGGUCCCCAUAUCCAGGAGUCGCUCCUCGGUUCCGAAGCAAGCCUCCACCCUCAAAGAGCAGGCAGCGCGGCCCACUGCCUCGAGGUCCGCCAAGCACUUGGGGGUUUCUUCUCCUGAGCAGAGGCCACACCCGCCUCAGGACAGGUCCCCAUCACCUGGGAGGAGGCCUACUCCUCCUCUUGAGGGCUGGUCAUCGCCCCCCUGGCAGACGCCACUGUCAUCUGAGCAAAGUAUCCCUUCUCCCGAGGAAAGCCUGCCGUCGACUUCUUUGCACCCCCCGCAGCCCUCGGACAGUCCAGCGGUGCCCCCUCCAGACCAGCCGCCCAAUGUGGGUAGCGAGCCGACCUUGCAAGAAAGGCUGUGGCUCUGGACACCCAGGAGGCUGACCUGGCCGUUCAGCUGGCUAAGGAAGCCCUUCCGAUGGGCGGAGGAGCCAGCAGCCCACCAGGCACCUCAGACGCCCAACAACACCCCGCCACAGACCACGGACGACUCCUUCGUAACUGAGCAGUCGGUGGAGGUGGAGUUCUGGCCGCUGGAGAGACAGCCGUCAUCCGUGGAGUGGCUGCCGGCCCAGGACCACCUGGAGCCGGAGCCCUCUCCUCCAGAGAGGCGGGAGGGCCAGGCGUAG